GUACUUAUACUUGUUGAUCAGUUUGUUUCACACUAUCUUAGAAGAAGUACACAGAACAAUCUAUCAAAAUGAAAUUAUUAGCAAUUUUGUUAUUCAUAUUCGGUAUCUGCCUUAUGGCGCACGGAUGGACCUCCAGGGCACAUGUAGAGAUGGAUCCAGAGGACCCAGAAGUUUGUUUGUAUGAGAAAGUUGGAAAAUUUAGAGUUGGAGAGUCCGUAUCAUUACAUCCAAAUACAUGUGCAGAAGCAACAUGUGGACAUGGAAUCGUAACAACACACGGAUGCGGAGUCGUUGAUGCCAAGCCGCCGUGUAUCGUCAGGCGUGAAAAUCUCAGUAAACCAUACCCCGAUUGCUGCCCAACAAUUAAUUGCCCACAAAACUAACAAUUUAGUGAUGUUAGCGACAUAAAUAUUUCUCCCGAUGUGAUUUAAUCCGAUUUAUAGGCUAAAUGUGUUUUGUUUAUUAUGAUUUAUCUAGCAAAAUAAAAUGUUCGAAGUUGACAAUAA